UCUGGGCAGGAAACGCCCACCUGAGUAGGCGGUUCCCCAGGUUCCUGAUUGCCAGGACAGGCGGGAUCAGAGCCUUCUCCCAUGGUCUGGAGGUCCCAGUUGAGGGGAGAUUUUUUUGCACCAGUACUCAGAGAGAUGGAGGUGGAGGCUUGACUCUUUCUGCACACUGCUGUUCACACACCCUUCCUGGAGUUUCCUUCCAGAUCAACAGGCUGGUGAUUGGGCACGACAGCACAGGCAUGCAUGCAGGCUGGUUCCUGGGCAGCGUCCAGAUCCGUGUGCCCCGCCAAGGCAAGCAGUAUACCUUCCCUGCCAACCGCUGGCUGGAUAAGAACCAGGCUGACGGGCGUCUGGAGGUGGAGCUUUACCCCAGCGAGGUCGUGGAGAUCCAGAAAUUGGUCCACUACGAGGUUGAGGUUUGGACAGGGGACGUAGGUGGUGCGGGCACCACUUCCCGAGUCUAUGUGCAGAUCUAUGGUGAAGAAGGCAAGACUGAAGUACUCUUCCUCUCCAGCCGCUCCAAAGUUUUUGAUCGGGCAUCCAAGGACAUAUUCCAGCUGGAAGCGGCCGAUGUGGGCGAGAUCUACAAGAUCCGACUGGGACACACGGGCGAGGGCUUUGGGCCCAGCUGGUUCGUGGACACAGUGUGGCUGCGGCACUUGGUGGUGCAGGAGGCGAACCUGACCCCCGAGGAGGAGGCCCGGAAGAAGAAGGAGAAGGACAAGCUGCGGCAGCUGCUGAAGAAGGAGAGGCUGAAGGCCAAGCUGCAGAGAAAGAAGAAGAAAAAGAAGAAAGGCAGCGAUGAGGAGGAUGAGGGCGAGGAGGAGGAGUCCUCAUCAGAAGAGUCCUCAUCAGAAGAGGAAGAAGAGGAAGAGACAGAGGAGGAAGAGGAAGAGGAGGAGUUGGGGCCAGGGAUGCAGGAAGUGAUCGAACAGUACAAGUUUGAAGCCAACCGCUGGCUGGCCCGGGGCAAGGAGGACAAUGAGCUUGUCGUGGAAUUGGUCCCAGCUGGUCGGCCUGGUCCUGAGCCUAAUACCUACGAGGUCCAGGUGAUCACAGGGAACGUGCCCAAGGCUGGCACUGAUGCCAACGUCUACCUGACCAUCUACGGUGAGGAAUACGGGGACACAGGGGAGCGGCCCCUGAAGAAAUCAGACAAAUCCAACAAGUUUGAGCAGGGCCAGACAGAUACCUUUACCAUCUAUGCCAUUGACCUGGGGCCUCUGACCAAGAUUCGGAUUCGCCAUGACAACACAGGCAACAGGCCAGGCUGGUUCCUGGACAGGGUAGACAUCACGGACAUGAACAAUGAGAUCACGUACUACUUCCCAUGUCAGCGGUGGCUAGCAGUGGAGGAGGAUGAUGGCCAGCUGUCCAGGGAGCUGUUGCCAGUGGAUGAGUCCUAUGUGCUGCCCAGCGAAGAUGAGGAGGGUGGAGGACACGGUGAUAAUAACCCCCUUGACAACAUGGCCCUGGAACAAAAAGAUAAAUCAACCACGUUUUCCGUGACCAUAAAGACUGGGGACAAGAAGAAUGCCGGAACGGAUGCCAACGUCUUCAUCACGCUCUUCGGCACACAGGAUGACAAUGGAAUAACCCUCCUGAAGUCCUCCAAGACCAACAGCGACAAGUUUGAAAGGGACAGCAUUGAAAUCUUCACUGUGGAGACGCUGGAUCUGGGAGACCUGUGGAAAGUUAGGAUCGGCCAUGACAACACAGGCAAGGCGCCAGGCUGGUUUGUAGACUGGGUAGAGGUGGACGCUCCGUCUCUUGGAAAGUGCAUGACCUUCCCCUGUGGCCGCUGGCUGGCCAAGAAUGAGGACGACGGGACCAUCGUCAGGGACCUCUUCCAUGCAGAGCUCCAGACGAGGCUUUACACACCAUUUGUCCCUUAUGAGAUCACCCUCUACACCAGUGAUGUCUUUGCCGCUGGGACCGACGCCAACAUCUUCAUAGUCAUCUAUGGUUGUGAUGCUGUGUGCACCCGGCAGAAGUUCCUGUGCACCAACAAGAGGGAGCAGAAGCUGUUCUUCGAGAGGAAGUCUGCCUCCCGCUUCAUCGUGGAGCUAGAAGAUGUCGGUGAAAUCAUUGAAAAAAUCCGGAUCGGUCACGAUAACACAGGCAUCAACCCUGGGUGGCACUGUUCCCACGUGGACAUCCGCAGGCUCCUCCCCGAUAAAGACGGCACAGAGACCUUGACUUUCCCAUGUGAUCGAUGGCUUGCCACCUCUGAGGAUGACAAGAAGACUAUCCGAGAACUGGUCCCUUAUGACAUCUUCACUGAGAAGUACAUGAAAGAUGGGUCCUUAAGACAAGUCUACAAGGAAGUGGAGGAGCCUCUGGACAGGAACGUUCCUGGGGCAGGGACAGAUGCCAAGGUCUACAUCACCAUCUACGGAGACCUCGGGGACACCGGGGAGCGGUACCUUGGCAAAUCAGAGAACCGCACCAACAAGUUCGAGAGAGGAACGGCCGACACUUUCAUCAUUGAGGCUGCUGACCUGGGUGUCAUCUACAAGAUCAAGCUCCGCCAUGACAACACCAAAUGGUGUGCAGACUGGUAUGUGGAGAAGGUGGAGAUCUGGAAUGACACCAAUGAGGACGAGUUUCUAUUCCUGUGCGGGCGCUGGCUAUCCCUGAAGAAGGAGGAUGGGCGGCUGGAGAGGCUCUUUUAUGAGAAGGAGUACACCGGGGACCGCAGUAGCAACUGCAGCAGCCCCGCUGACUUCUGGGAGAUUGCCCUGAGUUCCAAGAUGGCAGAUGUGGACAUUGCCACAGUGACAGGACCCAUGGCUGACUAUGUUCAGGAUGGCCCUGUGAUUCCCUACUAUGUGUCAGUGACCACUGGGAAGCACAAGGAUGCAGCCACAGACAGCCGGGCCUUCGUCUUGCUCAUCGGGGAAGAUGAUGAGCGCAGCAACCGCAUCUGGCUGGACUAUCCUCAGGGGAAGCGAGGCUUCAGCUGUGGCUCUGUGGAAGAGUUCUACGUUGGUGGCUUGGAUGUGGGCAUCAUCAAGAAAAUAGAGCUGGGCCAUGAUGGAGCCUCCCCCGAGAGCUGCUGGCUGGUAGAGGAGCUGUGCUUGGCGGUGCCCACCCAGGGUACCAAAUACACACUACGCUGUAACUGUUGGCUUGCGAAGGACCGAGGCGAUGGCGUCACCUCCCGCGUCUUUGACCUCCUGGAUGCCAUGGUGGUGAACAUUGGGGUGAAGGUGCUUUAUGAGAUGACAGUCUGGACUGGUGACGUGGUCGGUGGAGGCACUGACUCCAAUAUCUUUAUGACCCUCUAUGGCAUCAACGGGAGCACAGAGGAGGUGCAGCUGGACAAAAAGAAGGCCAGGUUUGAGCGGGAACAAAAUGACACCUUCAUCAUGGAGAUCCUGGAUAUCGCUCCCUUCACCAAGAUGCGCAUCCGCAUUGAUGGCAUGGGUAGCCGGCCAGAGUGGUUCCUGGAGAGGAUCCUGCUGAAGAACAUGGACACAGGAGAUCUGACCAUGUUCUACUAUGGAGACUGGCUGUCCCAAAGGAAGGGCAAGAAGACACUGGUGUGUGAAAUGUGUGCAGUCAUUGACGGAGAGGAGAUGAUGGAGUGGACCUCCUACACAGUCUCUGUGAAGACUAGUGACAUCUUGGGAGCAGGCACGGAUGCCAAUGUGUUCAUCAUCAUCUUUGGGGAGAACGGGGACAGCGGGACCCUGGCCCUGAAGCAGUCGGCCAACUGGAACAAGUUUGAGCGCAACAACACAGACACCUUCAACUUCUCUGACAUGCUGAGCCUCGGCCACCUCUGCAAGCUGAGGGUCUGGCAUGACAACAAAGGAAUAUUCCCUGGCUGGCACCUGAACUAUGUUGAUGUGAAGGACAACUCCCGGGACGAGACUUUCCGCUUCCAGUGUGACUGCUGGCUGUCCAAGAGUGAGGGCGACAGGCAAACCGUCCGCGACUUUGCAUGUGCCAACAAUGAGAUCCGUGACGAGCUGGAAGAGACCACCUACGAGAUUGUCAUAGAAACUGGCAACGGAGGCGAAACCAGAGAGAAUGUCUGGCUCAUCUUGGAGGGCAGGAAGAACAGAUCCAAGGAGUUCCUUGUGGAAAAUUCUUCCAGACAGCGGGCCUUUCGGAAGGGGACCACAGACACAUUCGAGUUUGACAGCAUCUUCUUGGGGGACAUUGCUUCCCUCUGCGUGGGCCACCUGGCCAGGGAGGACCGCUUCAUCCCCAAGAGAGAGCUGGUCUGGCAUGUCAAGACAAUCACCAUCACUGAGAUGGAGUAUGGAAAUGUGUACUUCUUUAACUGUGAUUGCCUCAUCCCCCUCAAGAGAAAGAGGAAGUACUUCAAGGUAUUUGAGGUUACCAAGACGACAGAGAGCUUCGCCAGUAAGAUCCAGAGCCUGGUACCAGUCAAGUACGAGAUCAUCGUGACGACCGGCUACGAACCAGGGGCAGGCACAGACGCCAACAUCUUUGUGACCAUCUUUGGAGCUAAUGGGGACACGGGCAAGCGGGAACUGAAGCAGAAAAUGCGCAACCUCUUCGAGAGGGGCAGCACUGACCGCUUCUUCCUCGAGACUCUGGAGCUGGGAGAGCUGCGCAAGGUCCGGCUGGAGCAUGAUGGCAGCGGCUACUACUCAGGCUGGCUGGUGGAGAAGGUGGAGGUCACCAACACUAGCACUGGGGUGGCCACCAUCUUCUCUUGUGGCAGGUGGCUAGACAAGUCUCGGGGGGAUGGCCUCACCUGGCGAGAUCUCUUCCCAUCUGUCUGAGAUGCUCUGGCCAUACCUUUUACCCUCUACCCUAAGGAUGGGGCUAUGGCAGCAGUCCUGAGGUCUCUACUCAUCAGAGGCUGCUCCUUGCAAGUGACUGUGGAAUCCUCCACUUUUCCAUCUCUCAGACAUAUAAGAAUUAUAUUCGUCACAAGUCAUAACCCAUGACUGUACGAACUAUUUUUUUUUUAAUUUCCUUUCCUUUUCAUAGCAGUGGUACCCAGGCUGGGGCUUGCUGUGGGGUGUGGAUGGAAAAUCGGGGCUUUACUCAGGGGAGAUAAGUGGAGAAAAAGAGAUUAUCAAGAUGUGUAUUUUAAGCAAAAACUAAUUAACACUUUUUUCCCAAAAAAGCUGGGCUAAUUAAAUUAUUACCAACCACACCCCACAGAGAGCUCAUCUGAGCAUCUGCGUGCUAAGAAAUGUAUGUUUUCCCCCCAGUUCUAACAAAUCCAGAGGCAAAUGCGGAAAAACAUCAGGAGGAAGUGUUGGGGGACCUAUGAGCCUGUGAAAAGUGGAUAAUUCUUUCCACCACUUAACAGAGACCAAGAGAAUGGGUGCUCGCAGCUCCUGACACCUUGAUCUUCCCCACCCCUGCCUCCAUCUGUCUGUCUCUCUGUUUCUCUACCUGCCCCCCCCAUUCUGCUCCUCUUAGCGCCUCCACCCCCAUUACAGUGUGGAGAGGAUCCUCAACUCAGAGUCCACACUGCUUCUCUGCCACAGCCCUCUGACAAGAGCUCCGUGGUGGUCUCAUUAUGGAAUGUGGCACCUUUCUCCAUCCCUGUCUCAAGGGCAGAAAGCAUCUCCUGAUUCAUUCUGUUAAUGAUGUGUUACCUAACUCUUGGCUUGCUGCUCUUGGGAUGGGGCAAGCCGGGCUCCACCAUGUACCGGGCUUCAUUAUGUACCAGGCUCCACCACGUGCCGGGCUCCACCAUAUACUGUACACAGCCGAGUUUCUCAUCAUCUUCCACCUGCCCUGCUUGCUUUGUGUUCCUUGGAGGGCUUGUCAGGAUCUGAGGAAGCCAUUACUGGAAACCCCCAAUUAAACUAUUGA